CCGCCGUGCCCCGCGCCCAUGGCCGCCCGGGCGCUGCUGCGGGCGGUGCCGGCCGCGCUCGGGGCCCCGGCCCGCGGCUACGCCAAGAAACCCGCCGCCAAGGCCAAGGCCAAGGGCGCGCCGAAGGAGGCGGUGAAGGGGCCGGAGGUGUGCACGGACCCCACCAUGCUCGCCACCCACGCCAUGGGGGUCAACUACUUCAAGGAGGGCCCGGAGGUGGCCCUGAAGCCCGACUCCGAGUACCCCGACUGGCUCUUUAAGAUCCACCUCGGGCCCCCCAAGAAGCUGGAGGAGCUGGACCCUGACUCGCUUGAGUACUGGAGGCGCCUGAGGAAAUACAACACAUGGGAGCGCAACAAGUUGAAGAAGGGCAAGAAGCUGUAGGUGCUGCCAAGCUCAGGGCUGCCCCACGUGCCAGCACAGGUGACACUGGGACUCUCUCCUGCUUUUGGUCUCCUGAUGUAAACAAGAAAUAAAUCUGGGGUGAGGCUGAUACCCGUUAUAAA